GCAGCUACCGCGUGCAUCGCUCACACAGGAACACGGCGCCUAUGCUGAUACUUGCAAGAACAUUCCGCCUCAGUUUGCUGGCCUUUCGAAAUAGCGAGAUCUCGAAGACCGCUUCGUCGGCGCUGCUACGCCCCACGCCCUCAACAGCGGUCACCCUCGCACCUCCGUGUGGUAUCUCGCACAGCAGCUGCCGCAGCACUUAUACAACAAGGCUCAGCAUGUCAGAUGACACUGGCGGUGGACGUGUGAUCCGGCCGCGUGUCCCUGUGAGCUCGGUCACGGCAUUCGGGCAGGGCCUGGGGCAAGAAGAACUCCAGUCCCUCGGCAAGGAGAUGGAAGCGUCAAACGAGGGUGAGCGGCUCGUGUUUCCCUUCGUGGGCAAGCUGUAUGACGUCUCCAACGCCGCUCUGUUCUACGCGCACAACGGGCGCCUGGACGCAGCUCAGGAGCAGCUGAAAGCUGGCGCGGACCUGAUGGCAUCGGAGCUGGAGGGCGUUGACAAGGCCUGCUCGAAGGACGGGGUUCGCAACGAGAGGGUUUCCGGAGCGCUCGAAAACCUCGUCAAGGCCAAGGCCUUCGUCUACUUCCUGCAGACAGGGCGGCUACUGCGUAAGUCUGCGCUUGAAGAGGAGGUCGCCGAUGACGAGUACCUGGGAGCGGCCAUGAGACUCACCUCUGAGCUCUCACGAUACGCAAUCACUCAGGCCUCCAUCCUGGACCGCAGCUCUAUCCUGGCCUGCGCCUCGCUGUGCCGCGGCGUGUUCGGAGAGCUGGUGCAGUUCGACCUCCGCAACGGCCCGCUCCGUAGGAAGUUCGACGGCGUCAAGUACGACGUCCGCAAGGUGGACGACAUCCUGUACGAGCUGGCGCUGGUGGGGACAGGAGCGGACGAGGGAGACGGCAAUGCCGAUGAGGACGGCGGCGGGGGCAGCCGAAAACGGAAAGAGAGGGAGGAGGAAGAGGAGGAGCAGAAGAAGGCAGAAGGGGGGCCCGUUUUGGACACCGAAGAGUUCGAGUCCAUCCGCGUGGCCAUGACAUAUUUCGACGAGAAGAGGGAGGCCGUCAUCAAGCGGACACGAGACAUUCAAAAGUGGAGCAAGAUGGCCAUCUACAGCCUCCACCGGGCUGACUUGAAGAAGGCGGAGAAGCAGAUUUCGGACUGUCGGACGGCCGCGGAGGGUCUCCUUCCCCUCAUCGACGAGACACCCCGGCUAAGGAUGGGGGCCUACUCGUGCUCGAUGGAGGAAUUCGCGGAAGCCCGCCUGUACGAGCUGUGGCUAAAGGAGAAGAGGUUGGCAACGAGGGCCGAGGUCGGCCUAGUCAACACGGAAGAGUACUUGGGCGGCCUGCUGGACCUCACGGGCGAGCUUAACCGGUUUGCCGUGGCGCGUGCGACGGAGAGGGACUCGGUCGGGGUAAAGGAGUGCCUCGAGACAGUCUUGGUGAUCCACGAGUUUGUGACGCUGAACGCCCUUCCAGGGAAGCUUCCCAAGAAGAAGAACGAGCUGUUAAACUCGCUCAGAAAGCUUCAGAACAUGACCUACGAGCUGGCCCUGAUGAAGGCCGGGAAGGGAACGGUGUCGGGCGUGUCCGGCUUGGACGAAGGGCCCGCGACGGCCGACAAAGAAGGCUAG